UCAACUUCUGACAGAUCCUCCGCUGUCAUGGCGCUCUCGAGUGCACGGAGGAGUCCAACUCACCUGAAGUGAAGGGUGGCCGUGUCUGAGCAAGUGAAGCUCCACAGGGCCUGGAGUUAGGCCCCUUCAACUAGUCUGCCUGCCGGGACCAAAAUAGAGCGGAUAUAAAUACGUGUUGUUUGCAGUCUUCACAAGUCAACAUGUUGCUGCCAGAGUUUUCACACCAGUGUGUUCAGUUUCACGGUUGCCAUGAGCCUGCAACCUGUGGCUCAGAGACCUUGUCUGGCUCUGUCCACACCGAGGUCGGGUCCUUGUGAAGUGGCUUUGCCUUUUUUCUUUAAAGACAGUUCCUUAUCUCACUGUGGCUGCAGAUCCCUGGAUCUGAGGUCAAACAGUCAGGGACAUUACUUCCUUGUACGCAGAAGGAAAUAAUGUCGCUGUAAAACAAACUGAAAUCGAGAUUUUAUGAUGUACGGAAAGUCUAAUGUGCUUCGUGGAAUCUGUAUUCCCAGGAUGCCGCUGGGCGCCAGACGAAGCAUGAGCACCUCCGGUUCUUCUGUGAAAAAUGAGCCACUGACGGUGAAUGAGCAGGUGAUAGUCAUGUCGGGUCAGGAGACCAUUCGUGUCCUGGAGGUGGAGGUGCCGCCAUCGUUGGAAGUGAAGAGCGAGUCCAAGUUGGAGCGUCGGGUGGACCCUGACAAGAUGGAUGCUGUGCAUACUCAGGCCCAGGCGCAGGACCAGGCCAUGGCAGCAGUCGCUGACACGCAGGUGGUGUCAACAGAGGCUCCGCCCAUGGCUAUCCCAACUCCGACGCCCCCGGUUCCUGUGUCGCCCACUCAAGCGCACACCGCUGCUGCUGCAGCCACGCCCAUCACUGUCCAGAGCUGUCCACAGGUCCUGACCCAGGAGAGCCUGGCCUCCCUGAUGACCGGCAUGUUGGCCCAGACCAACUCUCUGGCGUCACCCCUCCUCAUCCCUCUGAGCAUGGCGGGCUCCCUGGGUGGUCAGGGGGCUCUGGCGCUUCUCACCCUGCCCAACACCAACAUGGCCACCAUCCAGAGCCUGGCCGCAGCUGUGGCCACGCCCACCAGCGGCCUGUUGAAGCUGCCGUUCAGCGGCCUGCCAGGUGCCGCCAUCUUGAACUCGGUCCAGAACGCUCAGCCGCUGUUCCAGUCGCUGCAGAGCGCGGGCGUGCAGCCGCAGGUCAGUGGCGCUCAGCUCCCAGUUGCCACCACGGCACCUCAGCCCAGCAUCUCUGUGGCGGCCCUGCCGACGGCCGGGCUGUCCAUCAACCCAGCCAUCAUCAGCGCCGCCUCGCUGGGAGCACAGACGCCGUUCCUCAGCUCGCUCACCUCAACCCCAAUCAUCACUAAUGCCAGCAUGGCGGGCAUCACUGGGCAGAUCAUCACCAACGCCCAGGGCCAGGUUGUUGGGACAUUGCCGGUGCUGGUAAACCCAGCCUCCCUGACUGGAGGUGGCGCGGCACCCGCCCUGCCUCUCCAGGGCCUUCAGGUGCAGACUGUGGCCCCCCAGCUGCUGGUCAACACUCAGGGCCACAUCAUCGCAGCAGUGGGCAACGGAGCUGCCCCCUCUGUGGCAACGACCGCUGCUGUCCUGCCCAAAACUGCCGCCCCACCCAUCCCGUCCAAACCCAGCACACAGGCAAUGGUCACGGCUGUCACUCAAACUCCGGUGGCCAUUGCCCCAAACCCGGCUCAAAAGCCCGGCUACAGCAGCGGCCCGCUGAACCUGGUGGACAUGGUGAAAGCGGGCGAGCUCAGCAAAACACAGAAACUUGGUUCGGACGAGGGGAUCAACCUGGAGGAGAUCCGCGAGUUUGCCAAGAAUUUCAAGAUCCGCCGGCUGUCCUUGGGACUGACCCAGACUCAGGUGGGCCAGGCGCUGACCGCCACCGAGGGUCCAGCCUACAGUCAGUCUGCCAUCUGCAGAUUCGAGAAACUGGACAUCACCCCCAAAAGUGCCCAGAAGCUGAAGCCGGUGCUGGAGAAGUGGCUGGCCGAGGCGGAGCACUGGAACCAGAAGGGCCAACAGGACCUGAUGGAGUUUGUUGGUGGAGAACCAUCAAAGAAGCGAAAGCGUCGCACCAGCUUCACGCCGCAGGCCAUCGAAGUCCUCAACUCCUACUUCGAGAAGAACGCACUGCCCACCGGCCAGGAAAUCACACAAAUCUCACGGGAGCUUAAUUAUGACCGCGAAGUGGUCCGAGUUUGGUUCUGCAACCGGAGACAGACUCUGAAGAACACCAGCAAGAUCAACGCUUUCCAGGUGUCGCUGUGACUCACCUGAGAGAUCUUUGAAGGAAGAGCUCUGACAAGAACUGCCACGAUGACGUUGCUGAUGCUGAAUCAGAUGCUUGGUGACUCUGUGGAGACGAGAACAUUUCAUGAAGAACAUUGGCAACUGAGCUGGGCUGCCCGCCUGCUACUCCACCCAUCGGGAGCCGGCACAAAUGAGUCGCGUGGAAGUUUCUAUGUGGGAUCAUCCAAUGAUCCAGGUCACAUUUGCAUGACUCAUCAGUUAUUGAACUACUGAUGAGUUUGCAAUUUUCUAACCCUGAGCAGAUGACUCUUGUCUUGAAACCAUUUUAAGUAAAAAGAAAGACAUUUAUUCAUGUUGUUUAUUGAGGUUUUACAGUGAAAGUUUGGAGACAUCAAGAGUGUUAUGAAUUUGAAAUUUAAUCAUGACAUAAAAUGACCUAGUUAAAUGCAUCAAAUUAAUAAGUUUAUUGAGAAUUAUUUUUAAAUGCAUUUGGAUUUUUCCUCAGACAAAGGAGAGGUGCGUGUAACGAUAUGCAGUAGUGUGAGUGUGUGUGUGUGUGUCACAAAAGCAGGAAGCCCUUCAUAGUAAAUUCUCAAAGAAUUUGAUAAAGCCAAGUCAGAAUUUACAAACUUGUAAAAUAUUUUUGGAACAAUACAGAAUCACAUUGAUUUGGCUUGUUUGUUGGUAAUGUUCAUGUCAUGACUGUUGUGUAAUUAUUUGUAUUGUUUUAACAUGCUUGCACUUUAACCAUGACAGGAGUGAUACAAGGUAUUUUCUCAACUUACACGUAAUAUUAACAAGCUUAUUUCCAGAAAUGAGUAUUCAAUGGGACAAUUAUUAUGUCAUAUCUGUUUUAAUGCAGUGAAUGGAAUAAUGUUCAAGACUUUAAUGUACUUUUAUUUAAACAAGCAAAUAAAAACUUUUUAUUA